UUGUAAAUCCCAACGGAGAUGUUUUCUUAAGUGCGUACGUUUUUACUGAAUGAGUCCAUCGAGCUUAAAACUACCAUUUCUACCUGAAUUGUCACCUUUGACAGCUCUCAGCUGUCCAGAAUACGACAUGUAAUUUAUCAAAAUAAAUAAAAACUUCGUGCUGGAAAUAAAAUUAUAAACAUUUUGAUUACUCAAAUUCCGAUGGCAUUAAUACAGUUACGCAAGUUAUCGUCAACUUCAUGCAACUUCGCCAAAACAAUACCAAAGAAUCUAAAAGGAAAAAGUAAAAGUUCACAAGAAUGGCUCAUGCGACAACUUACCGAUCCGUAUGUGGAAAAGGCCAAAAUGCUUAACUAUCGAUGUCGAAGUGCUUUCAAACUAAUCGAAAUCGACGACAAGUACAAAAUUCUAAAGCCAGGUGAUGUAGUCAUAGAUUGUGGUGCAUCACCUGGCAGCUGGAGCCAAAUUGCCGUAGACAGAACUAAUGCAAACUGCAGAAAUGAAAAGCAACCAAAGGGAGCCGUAUUGAGUGUAGAUUUGUUGCACAUUCAUCCAAUUGAUGGUGCAACAAUCUUUAGCGGGACAAACUUCACAAAACCAGAAUCACAAUUGAGAUUAAAAACAGCUCUGAAUGGUCGGCAAGUGAAUUGUGUCCUCUCUGAUAUGGCACCAAAUGCCACUGGGGUGCGUGUGUUGGACCAAGAAAAUAUUACAGAGCUCUGCUACUCGGUGCUGCGAUUCUCAUUAGCUAUGUCAGCGAUCGGAGCAAAUUUGGUGGUCAAAAUUUGGGAUAAUGCUGCAGUGCCAAAAUUGGAGCAGGAUAUGCUUAAGUUUUAUGAAAAAGUUAAACGUGUAAAGCCUUUCUCAAGCAGAUCUGAUUCCGCAGAACAUUUUAUGGUAGCACGGAAUUUUAAAGGACUAGACAAUGUUAAGAAUUAAAUUAAAAAACGUUUUCCUUAUUGAAA